AUGGAUAUCUUUAACCCACAGAGCGAGGCGCAGCGGCUCAAGGAAGAGGAAGAGAUCCGAGAGCGUGACCGGAAGCGUCAGAUGGAGAAGGAGGAGCGCGAGCGGCGGAUGGCCCAAGAAAAGGAGGAGGAAGACCGAAAGCGCCGAGAGGCGGAGGAACGCCUCAUUGAAGAAGAAAGGCGGCGUAGAAAGCAGGAGGAGGAAUGGCGCAAGUUGGGCUCCGACAUCAUUCAUGAUCUUCCACCAGUGCCACCUUCUGUUGUGACCGACGGAAUGGUUCAAGCGUGGUACCUUGACGACGAAACAUCGAAACCGACGCUGCGCAUUGCCAGUUUGAAGAAGGGGAGGCGGCGGGAUUCCCCACCUGUGACUCUCCAGCAGUUGAAGGAGCUUGGCGUGGUUUAUUACAACGUCAGCUUGAAUGAAUUCUCUGUUGUGAAGCAGAUUGUGAAGGAGCGACAAUACAAGCAUACAGAUGAGAUUCGGGUUUCGCAGACGUGCAAAGAUGAACAAUUCUUGGAGCGUUGGUUCCAAGAGCACUACAAUGAGGAUGAACAAAUACGAUUCGUGACCGAUGGCUCGUGCUUCUUCGAUGUGCGAUCUAAGGAAGAUAAAUGGAUCCGUAUCCACGCCAAAGUGGGUGACCUGUUCAUUUUUGCCCCGGGCUUAUACCACCGUGCGACCCUUGACGAGGACGACUUUGUUUCUCUCUACCGCAUCUUCCGCGACUCCCCACGCUUCGCUCCCUUCUUUCGCAGUGACACUCGAGCAGAGUCGCAGAAGGUACGCCUUAACUAUUUAAUGUCGCUCAAGAAAGGCAACGUCGCAACAGAGUUCGGCUUUCGGUGA